AUGGCAUUUUUGGUGCUGCUAGGUCUCCUUGCCGUUGCCAGCGCCGAGGAGAUGAACAACGCUUUGGACACCGAUAACGAGUGCUUCGGCGAUGAAGCCUGUGCUUUUAAUGCGCUGCAGGUUCAUGGCACGCAGAGUUUUGAUGAGCAGUUGAUUGAGGUGGACCAGAGCGCUGCUGACCAGUUCUCGGUCUACUGGGUGAAUGGCAACCCGGGCUACAACUGCGAUCAGGUUUGUGCCACGAGGCAGCUCAAGGGCCAGCGUAUGGCUUGUGAUGCUCGUGCUUUCGGCUUGACUCCUGAUGCUGCCGGGAUCAUGAAGGCAGCCCAAUCAGCAGGAACUCGCUGUGCAGCGACUUGGGCAAACAAUGGUGCCUAUGGCCACACUUUUGACAAUGUGCCGGCCAUUUGCAUGGAGUCCAAGUGUGGCGUGGAUCCUCACGGUCUGUGCGCCUACAGUCCCAAGAAUGCUGCGACUUGCGCGGGAUCCGUACCCAAAGGCUAUGGACGAAUCUGCCCUUGCAAUGUGGCCACCAACUCAGCACCAGCACCGCCAGCACCUCAGCAGCCGCAGUACACACUCCCCUCGCCUGGGCCGCAUCCAUCGCAGUACAUGCCCCCAGCGCCAGCGCCUCACCAGCCGCAGUACACACCACCUACACCACCAGCACCUGCGCCUGUGAAACCGGCAGGGAAAUGCAUCACCAAGACGGACGUGAGCUGCACCAUGAAAAGUUGCAGCAAGAAGAUGGGACCGACUGAGUGCAAGUACAAGGAUGGCAGUUGGAUCCACAAACGGGUAGUUCAGGGUGUCAGCCCUCUUCUCGGAGCUAUGGCUGCGCAUCUGCCUGAAGGGCUGCCUCCACACACCACGACGCUGGUGUUCCACAGCAGUAGGAAGAUGCUUUACUCCGAGUUCAUGGCUCAUCUUUUGAGCUCUUGUGGGAGCCUAUUGGGCCUCGAAAUGAUUGAUCUCGUCUUGUGUACGUCCCCUCAGGAGGUGAUCGUGAAUUUCACCAGCCAAGAUGCGUGUACCUGCACUAUUGACAUGAUGGCUGCGGACGGGAAUAUGCUGUUUGCGAUCAGCGUCGCCCAAAGGCAGGGCCUGCGGAGCAAUCUGGCCUAUUUCUUCAAUCAGCCCAUCCCGCACCAGCGAUUUGCCCAGGCCAUCCAUGUUUUCUCCGGUGGCCGCGAGAUACCCCUUCGCCUGGCACAUGCGCGACACCUCUGUUUUGAACUGCAGGCCUCAGGGCGGGAUUCCGAUGCGCUGCAUCCCACCCAGCUUCAGGAGUCUCCUGACGUCCUGCUCCAG